CAGAAAGAACAGUCAAAAUGCACACAGGGCACAGGACAAAGCAGUAGGGACAAAAUAAUCGUUUUUAAAAAAAUGCCAUUUUUUUUAAAUUUCAAAUUUGCCCCUGGUUCCGGUGCCCGUACAUCCCGACAUCACAGGGAACGGAACACGGAAGCCGGAUGCCGGCAUCGGCCGGAGGAGAUGGCCGGGGACGCUGCAGGGGACACAUCGCGGGAGCGAAGGACAAGGUAAGCUCUAUAGGGACUCCCUAUGCAGUGCCGCAUGGUAAGCCCGAGUGUAGCUCGGGGUUACCGCUUUUGGUACUGAAA